AUGGUAAUGCUGAAAAGGUUUACUCAGAACGGCGAAGGGCCGCCCUCUUUCCCCAGCCCCGUCCCCUCGGCCUCGCGCGGUGCAUGCCGGGCAAGGGACGGGGCCGCGCGCGCGGAGCGGCGGCGGGGGGGAGGGGGCGUUGGUGGCGGCCUCGGCGGCGUCGCGUCAGGCCUGGAUGUCUCGGGGCGGGUCGGCCCCCGGCUGGGGCUGGUGGCCUCCGUCGCGCCGGCGGCAGCAGCAGCAUGGGAGGCGACGACGAAGUGCGGCGGAAGGGGAUGGCGCCGACGGGGGUCGGGCCUGGGCGCUCCCGGCAGUGGCGGGCUUGGCCGUGGCGGCCUCGCUCUCGCUGCUAGUCCUCCUGCUGGGCCUCUCCGGGGCAGGAAGCCGCCGCCGCUGCCUGCCCGCCCCGCCCCCACCUCCGCCUCUUCUGCCCCCUGUUACAAGGCCGGCAGCUUGGCUAAUGGGGGGCCUGCUGUGAGCUACAACCCUACUGAACGAAGGCGGCUCUACGGGGAUCACCUAACUCAACCAACUCACUUUGCGCUGCGCCGGCGCUACCCAAUCAAGAAGGCCCAGUAUGCCUCCCUGGGCACCCUGCCUUCCAUUUGCUGGGACGGUUAUCGGCGGAAACCCAGGUUGUCUACUCACAACUCUCCCUUGGUCCAGAGCCCAGUGACGGUGAAGAUUGCUCGGCCAGACAGCUACAUUGGCCGGUUCCCACUGUUGGAACGGCUGGCUUCUCCUUUGGCUUUCUCUCCAGUGCCCAACAGUACUCUAGACCCAUGUGCAAAGGAGACUGUGUUGAGUGCGCUUAAGGAGAGUAGAAAGAGGAAUGCGGAAGAUGGUGACCAAAGCAUCCAGGACAACAAGAGACGGCGCCAUGAUAGUAGUGGGAGCGGACAGUCUGCAUUUGAGCCCCUGGUGGCCAACGGAGCCCCAGCAUCUCUGCGGAGCCUUGCCUCCCACAGUUUGGACAACGGCUCCUCCAAGAGGUCACGCACAUCCUCUCUCAGUUCUGUGAACAGCCUUUAUGUGGGUGGAAUUCCCAGUUCCAUCCGCAAUGCCAUCGCCAGCUCCUACAGCUCCACCCGAGGCCUCUCUCAGCUGUGGAAGAGAAGCGGCCCAAGUACCUCUCCACUUUCCAGUCCAGCUUCCUCCCGUUCGCAGACUCCUGAAAGACCUAACAAGAAAGCAAGGUGCCCCGACACCAGCCUCAUAGAGGCAGAGUCUCACCAAUCCAGCACGUCAACACCUGUGAAGGCAAACACAGAGAAGAAGGCAGAGAAGAAUGCAGAAACACCUGUGCAGAACAGACACAGCUCUCUAAGUUUGCAGUCCUCAUCAGGCAGCAAUGGCAAACGCAAGCGUAAGAUCCAGCUGCUCUCUGCUCGACGCGGAGAUAAUUUCACCCUGCCUCCUCCACCUCAGCUAGGCUAUGCUGUCACUUCUGAGGACUUGGAUGCAGAAAAAAAGGCAACCCUGCAGUGGUUCAACAAGGUCUUGGAGGACAAAACUGAUUCUACCCCAAGUAUGUCUGCAGAGAUUGCCUCCCCACCCAGUACCCUGUCCUCACUGAUGCCAGCUAAGCCUGCUUCUGUGCCAUCGAUGGGCAUGGCUACAGGAACCAAUCCCCUGUUGGAGAGCCUGAAGAAGAUGCAAGAAGGACAAAGUGCUGCAGUGCAAGCAGAUUCAGCUUCUGCCACACAGACUCCUGAAACGACAGCACCUGCAAUUUCUCUGGAUUUGGGCUCCCCUGCAUCUGUGACCUCAGCUGAGGCCAAGCCCUCACUCACACUAAGUGUACCUCCUUCCUUGGCUCCUCCUCCUUCCACUGUUGUCCAGCCUGCCAGCAGUCUAAGUAGCUUGGUAACAACUUCCUCCGAAUUGGGCCAAACCCCAUCAAGGCCCUCCUCUGCCCCAAAACCGAGCAUCCUCUUUGGAAUUCUCACCAGUCCUCCUGCCAGCCAGCCAACUGCAACAGCAGCAGCAGUGUCUUCUGUUUCCAACACAGCGCCUGUAUUCAAACCUAUCUUUGGCAAUGUUACAAAAAUGGAGAGCCCUGGUUUCUCUGCAGGCAGCACCUCUUCGGCUGUUGCAACAUCCCCUGGGACUGUGCCCUCCUCUGCACCUCCUUCUGUUACUCCCAGCAGCAGCAGCACGUUCAAGCCCAUCUUUGGGAGCAUGCCACCACUUGCAACCGCUGCUCCACCUGCCACCACAGCAUCUUUCUUUGCAUUCAAGAACAGCCCCCAGCCAGCCCCAGGCCCUGCUCUGCCCACCACUGUCUCGAGCACAUCGUCUGGGUUUCCUGUCCUCUCUGAGUCUAUCAUGACUACAGCGAUGUCCCCCUCGACCACCAUGAACGUGUCAACUGUCUCCACAAGCACACCGGUGUUCAGCUUCAACCUUGGUAUGCCAACCUCCACCUCUGCACCAAGCACCACAACAGCUGUCACCACUGCAUCAUCCCAGCCCUUCCUGUUUGGGGUCUCCUCCAGUGGCACUGCGGCCUCCACUGCAGCUACAGCACCACUUUUCCAGUUUGGGAAGCCUGCUACUACUGCUGGCCCCAGCAAUGCCUUGACAAGCUCUGCCUUCAGCCAGGCAUCCGCCAGCACGGCAGAGUCUGUUCCUAGCAGCACCACCACGGCUGCCGUCGGCUUCAGUAUCUUCGGCAGCGGGGGCAGCAGUACCGCCACCACUCAGGCCCCUUCUGCUGCACCACCUUCAACGCAGCCUACACUGACAUUUGGUUCUGGUCCCUCUGCUUUCAGCGGAGCCUUCGCCACCCCUUCAAAACCACCUCCUCCAUACACGGGGGAUGCCAGCCAGCUCACUUUUGAGCCUAGCGUCCCCGAUGGGCAGCAGCUCACCACCAAGCCAGCAGCUGGCCCAGUGAGCUUUGGAACCCCUUUCAGCUUCUCUGGCUCAGUCGCUCAACCGGCCGCACAGCCAGCAUUUGGCAGCACCACGCAGACGACCUUUGGUGGGACUGGGCCUCUAGCAUCCUUUGGCACCAAAAGUACCACCCAGCCGGCAUUCGGAGCUACGACAUCCGUCUUCUCCUUCGGGACGGCCACCGCAUCAGCCGUGUCAGGUUUUGGAUCCAACACCCAGACUACAAACAGCAGCACAGGGGGCUCAGUGUUUGGUAGCUCCACCCCAUCUCCAUUCACGUUUGGGGCAUCUGCUGCACCAGCGGCAGGAGGCAGUACCUUUGGCAUUGGUACUCCGGCUGCUGCAGGCUCCAGCACCCCCAUGGUGGGCUUCAGCUUCGGAGGACAGAGUGGAACUGUGGGCACAGCUACACCCUUUGCCUCUUCCUUGGCACAAAACCCUCUGGGUGCCCAGAACCAGAGUACACCCUUUGCUUUCAGUAUCCCCGGCACUCCGGAGAGCAAGCCAGCAUUUGGAGGUACUCCUACCCCUGCUUUUGGGCAGAGCUCACCUGCGCCGCGAGGAACUACUGGGGGAAGUAACCUUUCUUUUGGAACCCCCAUUACCCCAGCCUUUGGAGGAGCAGGGCCUACAUUUGGGCCAUCAGCACCUGCAUUCUCCAUUGGGGCAGGAUCCAAAACAUUGAGCCGGCAGCGCUUGCAGGCCCGACGGCAGCAUCCCCGUAAAAAGUAGCCAGGAGAUUCUCGCUUGGACUUCAGCUUCUGGCUUUACCCGUUCAGAGGCCCGGGCCAGGCAUACGAAUCAAGGGAGGUGUGUUCUGGCCUCUGUUGUUCGUGAGGCUGGCCCAACAGUCUCAUUCUGUGAAAUCCACAGGAAAUUACUUUGGAUUGCAGCAGUUGUUUUUUUCCCUCCUCCCCCUCAAGCGGGACAGGGGAAACCAAGCCCUUUUUACUUGAACAAUCCAUGGCUGAGUCUGGAUGGAAUUUUGUACGUAUCUGCUACCUUCCCUCCCCCAUGCGGACAGUCUCCCAUGGGUUGGUCUUCCCCAAAUCCUUGCCUCCUCCGACCUCAGCCCGACACCCAAGUUGGGCUGCCAAGUGAAGGUGAUGUGUUAAGUGGGGAGGUGCUUGGCUAUUGGCAUGUUCCCAGUUGCAACCAACUCCAUUUCUGUCAUCCCCUCUCUGUCCCCCCCCCCAUUCCUUAUCCCCCUUCCCCCUCCAUAUUUUAAAACUUCAUAUAUGGUGUCCCCUGAUCCUGGCACAGGCCAGCGCUUAGAAGCCCUUCCCUAGGAUGCCAUCAUGCAUCUUCAGUCUCAACUCAUCUCCAAGAUGAACCCCUCUCCAGUUUGUGGAUCAUCUGUUCUCCCACAAUCUAAGCAAGGAGGGGGAAGGCUCAUCCUGUCAAGGUUUUGUGGUUUCACAGGGGCUCUCGGUUGAAACACUAAUCACAGUAAACAGUGGCUGCAGGACUGGUCAGAGGUCCCAGUGAACUGAAAAGAUGGAUCUUCCGGAGCGAGGAGGCACGGAGGGGAAACCCCCCAUCCUCUGUGCUGCUUGCAUGAGCCAGUGGCAAGGGAGGCACUGCUGCUCUACUGAAGUACCCUGUUCUUUUUUUCUCCUUUUCCCAAAUUCUCUGUGUUUGUUCACUGUAUGUUUGUGCUCUAAUUCUUUUUUUUUCUUUUUUAUUUGCUCUGUGAAUCGAGUUUGGAGGAAGAAUUUAAUUGUAUGUAUGGCGGCAUGUUGAUAAUGCCGGACUUGCUGUAAACAUUUUUGGGGGUUGCCUGUCUCCAGCGGAGACGAACCCCGCCUAAUUGGGUGUGGACAGUAGCGUCACUGUGUGGCUACAAGAGUUGAAUGAACCUGAUCGUGAAGUGCUGAUUGGAAAGCUGGCAGCGGGGGGGGUGGGGUUUUUUUCCCCCAACCAUUCAAUGAUUCUGGGGCCCUGCUUGGAGGUUGGAUGACUCACUCUCUCAUACACUGAGAGGGACGCAUGUUCUCUUGUGGAAGGGCUUCUCCCAGCACCCCGGUGGAAGAGAAAUCACUGCAAAAGAAUUUAUCUAAUUCUUGACAUAAGCCAAAAUACGCACCCAUCACUCUCUCUUCCCAGUGGAUUUCCUCUUGCAUUUGCAGGCAUUGUAUAAGAGGGACUCAACAAAUAGAAUUCCUCUCUCCCAGGGAAGGAGAUUGGUAUAAGAACCCCAGUCCCUGCUGCCUCCUCCCCCGGUCUUGGAAGUGCAAAGCCAGCUGCCAGUCUUUUUAAUAACAUUGGAGACAACAGUGUGAAUGUGUGCGUGCGC